CGCCGGCGCAUCAAAACGUGCCUGACUCGCGCCCAGUGGCGUGCCGCGCUGUGCUCUGUACGUCAUAAUGCAGUGUGUGUGCUAAUCUACUGACGGGAACAAUGAGGCUGUCACUGCACAUAGCGGUGGUCCUGCUUGCGGUGUACCACACCUGCAGAGCGGAUCUUGCAAGAAGAGAUGUAUCAAGCUUAUACAACCAGAACUAUGGGGUCCUGGGAGCUCCGAUAGAUGCUAACUUGAACGAGGACGGAUACUUCUACCCCAAGCCCAAGAUACCAUUCCCUCCGCCGCCACCCCCUCCACCGCCCUCGAGACCACCGCCGCCGCCGCCUCCACCGCCUCCGACUAGACCACCACCUCCUCCCCCGCCGCCGCCAACAAGACCACCACCACCACCACCACCGCCGCCGACAAGACCGCCACCUCCACCACCACCGCCCCCGACGAGGCCACCGCCUCCACCACCGCCGCCACCAACAAGACCACCACCGCCACCGCCGCCACCUCCUACGAGACCACCUACGCAGCCACCUACUUACAGUACACAGUUGGAUGUGAGCAGGACAACGGGUUACGACUAUCCAACUCCUAAAGUACCUUUUACAUUCCCCACUCGUCCACCACCACCACCACCGACCACACAACAACCUACAUACCUACCACCAGUCACUAGGCCACCGCCGCCACCGCCGCCGCCACCACCGUCCACGACCAGAACAAGACCUCCACCUCCACCACCGCCACCGCCAACCAGACCACCAACUACCUACCUACCACCACAAACAACAAGAAGGCCGCCGCCGCCACCACCUCCACCGUCCACAACAAGACGUCCCCCAACUUAUUCCACUUCUAGAACAACCGGUUAUGACUAUCCUACCCCGAGUGUAGUUUUCACUUUACCUACGAGACCCCCAACACAACCACCACCUCCACCGUCGCCGACUACCAGGCCGCCACCGCCGCCAUCGCCGACCACUAGACCACCACCGCCGCCGUCGCCCACCACAAGACCACCACCACCGUCACCCAGGCCCACAUCGCCCACCCCAGGGUACACCUAUCCGACUCCAUCGCGUAUUCCCUUCACAACUAGACCACCCGUUUACAUCACUCCGCCUACCACACAAAGACCGAUUUACAUUCCACCUUCGACCACCAGAGUUCCCUACACGACUCGACCGCCUUUUGUACCUGAUGAGGGCUACUACUACGAUAGACCUAAGGUUCCCUUCGUUUUCUAA